UACGGCCAAAAGAAAAAACCCGAUUCAAAUUCUUUCAAAACACUUUUGCUUCGCACUCUCACUUGCUCUUGCCGGAGCCCGAAAAUGGAUCCACCGCCGAUUACUCUAAUAAUAGUUCAGGGCCCACGUCAAGGGGAAACAAUCGGAUUCCCACCCGGAUCCACCAUCCGGAUCGGGCGGAUAAUGCGCGGCAACAACGUCCCAAUCAAAGACGCCGGCGUUUCUUCGAAGCACCUCACAAUUGAAUCUGAAUCGGGAAAAUGGAUCCUCCGAGAUCUCGGAUCCUCUAACGGCACGGCUCUUAAUUCCAUUGUGCUUCCAGCCGAAACUCCAUUUGAUCUCCACGACGGCGAUACGUUGAAGCUGGGAGAGACUACGUCGAUCCUGAUCAAGAUUGACGGCAGGGGAGAGGAGGUGGCGGAGAGCCGGAGAAGGAACCCGCCAAGGAGAGGUAAGGCUUUGAAGAGCGAAACGGAGAGUUUUAAUAAAGCAUUGGAUAAUUUAGAAAAGAAAGAAAAUGUUAGGGCUGCGAGGAAUAAGAAGAAUGAAGAUUCUGUGAAUUGCGGGUUAGUUAUCCAGAAGGUUCCGGAAAAGCGAGAAACUGAGCCGAAAAAAGGGAGAGGCCACCUCCGGGGGAGGAAAAAGAAUCAGCAGGAAGAAAAAUUAGAUGAAAAAGAAACAAACUUGAUAGCAAACGAUGGAACUUUUCACAUAAAAGAUGGCGUGGAUGAAGAAGAGGAGUCGAGCUCGUUGCAAAACAAGGAUAUUAAUGUAGGAAAAGAUGAAGAGAAAGUGGAGGAUUCGAAGAAUGGGGUUAAGGAGAGUUGUGAUGAAGGGAUAGAUGCGAAUUUGGAGAAGAGGACAUUAAGGAGAGUUCCGGAAAACCAGGAAAUUGAGGUGAAAAAAGGGAGAGGCCGCACUAGGGGGAGGAAAAAGAAUCAGCAGGAAGAGAAUUUAGAGGAAAAAGAACCAAACUUGAGGGAAAAAGAUGGAAUUAAUGUAAGAAAAGAUGAAGAGAAAGUGGAAGAUUUGAAGAAUGAGGUUAAGGAGGGUUGUGAUGGAAGGGUGGAGGUGGAUUUGGAGAAGAUGACAUUAGGGGAGUGGUUUGAUUACUUGGAGGUUCAUUUUCCUAAGCAGAUAAUCGAGGCAACAGAGCAGAUGAUUGAGGGUAUGAGGAAGAAAGCUGAAAGGGUUCGGGAGUACAUGGCGGAGCAGAAGAAGGAGAAGGGUAAAGUUGCUGUGGGGUAAAGAGUACUUGUGAGCGUUAUGUGGCUCUGUUCCUGACUUUUAGAAGAUAGGCCCCUGAUGAAAUUGUCUCAGAAUUCUCCGUCGGACUGCACAUUACAUUAUGAAGCCACUGAGUAUAUAGAGCUAAUGACUAGAUGAUUUGGGUAACUGCUUUUCUUUCAACCUGGAAAUGUGCUAACAGACAGGUUGUUACUACAGUGAAUUCUGGGAAAUUAUAGGUUCUGAAUGAAACCUCUGCCAAAAAUAAAAGGCUACUCAACAUCCAUCAAAAAUUGUAAAAUUUAACCUAGUGGAGAUUUAGUGUUGCAAUCCUUGAAACAUGUAUGUCAUUUCAUGACCCUGAGAUCAAAUAUACAGUAAAGGGAGCACAUUAUGUAUAUGUAUGGAUUAUAAUAUUUUGUAAUAUUGAUUGUCAAUAUAUUUGUAUUCUGAGAA